UUCGCUACUCACCCCUCCCCCCCCUUUCUUUUACCAUCGUGCCGCUCAGGAGUCUGGGCCCUAGUGUUCGACUUAAACAUGGAAGGAGGCGAUACGAUAUUCGGAAAAAUCAUUCGCAAGGAGAUUCCUGCAGAAAUCCUGCACGAAGACGACCAAUGUCUGGCAUUCAGAGAUAUCAACCCCCAAGCACCGACACACGUGUUAGUUAUCCCUAAGAAGCCCAUCAGGCAGCUAUCCAAGGCUGACGACUCAGAUGAACAGCUCCUUGGUCGGCUGCUGAUUGUCGCCAGGAAAGUUGCUGCAAUGCAGAAUCUAGCCAAUGAUGGUUACCGCAUCAUUAUAAAUGAUGGGAAAAAUGGAGGACAGGAAGUAUUCCACCUUCAUGUUCACAUCUUAGGGGGAAGGAAAAUGAAAUGGCCUCCAGGCUAAAACAUGUUCACAUCCUAGGGGGAAGGAAAAUGAAAUGGCCUCCAGGCUAAAACCAAAUUCAAUACUUACAUAUGUAAGAUUUCAUUGAUUAAAUUGAGUUGAAUUAAAUUUUCUUGAGUAAAA